GAGCCUCACUGCUGCAGCCUCGCAGUUUCAGAUACUUUUUGUCGUGUUGUCGCUGUGUGCGCGCGUGGAAAAUCAUAUCAAAUCCCGAAAGGAUUCCGUGGAAAGUGGUGGAAAAACGCAGGUAUCGGUCAAGGAAAAUUCAAGUGGAGUUCUAGAAGUGACCGACCAUCGGUUCCUCAGUCAAAUUUCCCGCUCGCCUAAGCGUAUCUUGGAUUGCUGGGAUUCGGAAAGCGGAUGGAAAAUGGAAUUGGUGAAAAAUCUGCGAUGGGUUUGUCGUGUGUGUGCUGUCAACAUGAAAGAGAAGUUCUCGGAGCUGGCAUCCGUGCAUAUUUUCGGACCUGCACAAGUUCACUAUAAAAUGAAGAAGUACUUUGGCAUCGACCUCAAUCGUGGUGAUGUAUUGCCGAAAAACAUAUGUAAAGUAUGUUACAGAAAACUAGAAGACUUUCACAAUUUCGCUCGUCUGGCCAAGAAGACUGAUCGUUUCCUAAAAGCAUUUGUAAAUUCUGUAAACAGUGACAGUGUUGAGGUGUCAAAUGCAGAAUUCACAAAUCGUUUUCAAACAGAAUUUGCUUCAUUUGCGUUUUCAACAGAAAGCGAUACUUUCAAGUCGAGAAAAUCGAAAAUUAUUGCCAACGAUAGAAAGGUAACUUCCUUAGAUGCAAUAAAAAUCAAAGAGAAACGAUUGACCAUGACGAGGCCAAUGUCAUCAACUUCAGUCUCGAAUGCACAAAAUCCAAGUCGUAAUAAUUUGGAAGAAAAAAGACAACAUUUGAAAGCAGUACUAGCAACCAGCAAUGCCGCAGCGCAAUCACAACCUAGAAUUAAGGUGAAAAGUGAACAUGAUCUCAAAUCACCCCAGUUGAAUGUGAAUUUGCACCCAUCUCAGCAACCAAUGAAGGUGAUAACUAUUCCACAAGUUACAUCAGUUCCCUCUAAUUCCCAAAAUUCGCUCUACGGCAACCGAUUGAAACUGGGGCAGGUUGUUAAAGAUAUUGAUUUAUUGACCCUUAUUUUGAAAGCUCUUAAAUGGCCAUAUACAAAUGAUAAUAUCCUAGUACAAAUUGAACAGCUGAAAGAAGCGCCAUUCCAUGAAGUGAUCCGCAAUCAAAAUCUACUCCAAGAUGCCGAUCUCAUGCAAAUCCUAAAUACAAUACUUAGUCCGAUUCUACUGCAGAGGCCGCUGGUGGCCCAGCAACAACCAAUAAUCCCAGCUUUUGUAUCGUACAAAAUUCCAGCUGACCUAUCCGUUCAGUUGAUUACGGAAGAAGUGGUCGAUGACAUUCCGAUUGCAAAACCGUUACUUGGCAAUCAAUCGAGGCGAAGCAUAAGUUCCAAGAUCAAACCGGCAACUAGAAAACAACGACAACCGAGAGCGAAAACAAAGACUCCACAGCGUUGCAGUUCUCCCAUCGAGAUUUUAUCGGAUGACGACAGUGUACAAAUGUUUGAAGUAGAUGUAGAUCCGAAUUUGUAUUUCAACUUAGACAGUGAAUCCCAGGAGAAUAGUAACAGCUAUGAAUCGCCCAAAAAAGACAAACGUAAUGACGACCUACUAAAGUUCAAAAUACAGAAAAAGCAACGAAGGAAGGAAUCUCAUGUGAAGCGAAACAAUGAACUACUCAAUGAAGUGCAUAAUUCAGAGCCAGAAAUUAUUAUACCAGAUAAAUUGAUUGAAACGGCAGAAGAUAUAAAUGAAAAACUUGCCGAAACUGCUGACCCUAAGGUAAAUGUACAGCCAAGCCCCUCAAACAAAUCAAUGGGAGAAGAUAUAAGCGGUGAUGACGAUGCUUGGUCUGAAUUUAAAGUAACGGAAUCCCCAGAUACAAGUGUGGAAAUAGAAAAAACCACGACCGCCGUUUGUAUUAAGGAAGAAUCUAUUCAAAAAGUAGAGGAUAGCAUAAACCUCCCCUUGGAAGAAAGCGGGGAUGUGAAAUCUUCUGUGGCUGAAAAGCAAAUUAUCGUGAAGGAAGAACCGAAACUAAAGGAAGAGAAAUCAAAUAAGGAGCCAAUUUCACCAAAAGAAGAAAAACCUUCAAAAGAGGAUAAACCACCGCCAAGAAAAAGGGGACGUCCAAAAAAUUCUACAAACGUUGAUGAGAAAGUGGCUAGAACUGACGAUGAAAGCAAAAAGAAAGGCGCUCCGGACAAUUCGUCCACUAAUAAGCCUGUACGGAAAUCUGCGAACGCUACUGCACCAAGUCAACAAAACGGAAGGACACGAGCAACCAGAUCUCUACCAUCCACUCCACCUGUAAUGAGUCUAAGAAACUGUAAUUUACGUCGAAGGAUUUGUAAACAAUGCGGUCAUUCAUUCACACUGCUCGCAGAUUUUCUGGAUCACAGAAAAAUGCACACAUAAAAUGAAAACUGAUCCACUGCAGAUCGAUUAUUCAAUACUAGGUUUCUUUAGGUUAUUUCACAUCCGAAUUUGGUUCGUUAUUCCUAUUUUUGAUAUAGACAAAGAAGAAAGUUCACUGGAAUUGAUAAGAGACAGAAAUCUAAUACUGUGAUAUUAAAUCCUAAGUAUUAUCUGAAAGUUGAAAGUGAAAAUACAAUUCUGAUUUAAAUGAA